AUGAGGCGGCGACAUGGUGCCAUCUGGCUGGAGACAGACGGGACGGUAGGGCUGAGCAGCAACACUGGCGAGUCAAGUGGCUACAUUCAGGGCCCGAAUGUGAUUGAUGGUAAGCCAUGUGCCUGCAAGAGGUGGCAUCACGUUGCGGCGAUCUGGAAUCAGACGGCUGGUGGAGGCUUUAAGUUCAUGCACCUGCGCUACUUGACCAUCUCCGGUAGGACUGCGAUUCUCGACGAUUUUAUCGUCAAUCUCAAGGCUGCCAUGGCUGCAGAGUCCAACAUGACCUCCGAUGAUGUUUGGGUGUACCUGAGUGAUGAGCAGCUGAUCGGGAAUGAGGGGCGCACUGCGGUGUCCAUGGUUGCACCUUGGAUCCACGCGCUGGCUAGAGGUGCUGCUGUGUUCCCCUCGAUCAUGCUUGAACCACUGGAAGCGCAGGUCAAUGUGGACAGAAAGUCAGCCGAGCUUUCCUUGGCCCGUCUUGUCCGAAGUAUGAUGAAUGCCAUGAGGAUCACCACCGAUAUCUCGAAUGCCUACACAGGCUUACUUCCUGUGGAGAAUAACCAGUACAUCUACGAUUCCUUGUUUCCAACUAUGGCGUAUGUGGGAAGCGGGCGACUUCUGGUGGACAGCAUCGAGUUCCCCGGGCGUCUGACUUACUCGCCUCUCGCGGAGAACAUUGCCGACAACGGGCAGUUCCUCGUGGGUGGCGGCCACCAGGGCCUUGCGGUGGAGUGUGAGUUGGCGAGCGUGCGCUUAUGGACUCUUGGAGUUUCAUAA